UUAAGCAACGAAUUAGAAGUUCCCCGCUGAAGGUCCGACGAAACACUACGGCCGAAAACCGAAGGGUCCACCGAGACAUUGCGGAUUUCCAACUGUUGACGGAGUUCGCGUUCAUAUCCGAACCGGAAGUGAGACGUCGUAGGGUGUUCUUAGAACUCCAAGACCAUGUAUAAGCCAGCCCUCUACACGGCGGCCAACGGUCUUCAACGAUCGGAUGCUCAUGACAUCACGGAGGAGUACGCCAAAGAAAUCGGCCAUAUGUCGGGACGAUGCCUCGACAUCGGAUCCGGUCCUGGAGACGUGGUGAACGAUUUUAUUUUGCCGAAGCUACACCCAAAGGCCACCGUAUUAUGUUCGGAUAUAUCCGAGUCCAUGCUCAAUUUCGGGAAGUCGAAAUACAGAGACAACAAACGACUGUCCUUUAUCAAACUGGACAUUGAGUCUUCCGAUCUGCCUAAGGAUUUAAUUGAGCAUUUCGAUCACGUCGUAUCAUACAACUGUUUACACUGGUGCCAGAACAUGCGCAAGGCGUUUGAAAACAUCUUUACUCUGCUUCGACCAGGAGGAAGCACCCUAUUGGUAUUCCUGGCCAACAACCCUGGCUUCAAAGCGUAUGAGACGUUGGCUGCCAUGCCUCGCUAUCAACCCUACAUGAAGGACGUGGAUCGCUACAUACCGCUAUUUCAGCACACCGAACAACGCCGUGAGACUUUGAAGAGUUUGGUCCAAGACGAAGGGUUCGAGGUUCUUCACUGCAGCCGCAGAGAAAGAAGUUACAUCUUUGACACACCGGAGACCUUGACCAAAUUCAUGCUGGCGGUGAAUCCUUUUAUAGAACGCAUGCCGGUCGACCUCAGGUCAGAAUAUGUUAAAGACCUGGUGGCAGAAGCGGUGAAAGAAACGAUUAUUUUCAACAAAAGUAACAGCAACGAAAAUAAAUAUAGUAUGUUGUCUAGAUAUUACAUAUUUGUGCUUUACUUAAGGAAACCAAUUGCCAAGUGAUAUU